UGCGGUCACUCGCAUUUAGUCGCUUGCCAACACUAGAAAAAAACUAAACGGGUAGCUAAAAAUUACAAUCACAGGACACAAUUUUAUUGACGGAAAUGGAAUCGGAGACGAAAGCCAGCGGCGAGGAGGAGAAGCAGCAGGAAAACCCCUGUGCAGUGCCCAUGGACACUCUAGACCCACCACCACCGAGUGCCAGCUCUAAGACUCUUAAACGCUGUCUAAGCGUGCCCAUCAUCCGGACACCGCCGUCGGGAAAGUCGGGAAAAACUCCAAUGACGACACGCGCAGCCGCAGCAGCUGCUCUGGCGGCCAAGGAGCACGAACAGACGCCUAAGAAGAGCCAACAGGUGCUGGACAUCCAGAUGCCAAAUGUCCCAUCCAUCGAUUGCUUCGGCAAGAACAUACACAUACGAUCCCAGCCCAAUUCCCGGGAGGUUUCCCCAGCUCCCGUCUUCAAUAUAUUCACUCCACGAGCCAGAAGGUAUUCGGCUAGCUAUAGCCCACUGACCACGGCCGCCAAUGGAGCCACUCUUUGCCUAACACCCCGAGUGUCCCAGCUGAGGCAAGAGGAGUGCGCAGACUUGAACAGCCGGGAGGUGAAUCAUGAGCGGGAGGUUCAUCGGGAAAUACAGAUCUCCCAGAGCUGGGAGGAUCUGACAUUGGUGGCCGAAAACUGGUCCUGUAAAUCAGACGAGUUCUCGAAUCCCCUACAGGUCAGCCUGCCCCCAACGGGCACCACCAGUUGCUCCAGCCCCAGUCCCACAAAUAAUCGUGCGGGCAUGAGAUUACCUUAUUCACCGUCGCCCACAAGGCGCACUUUUGCCACCAGGAGAUCGAUGUCUCCCAUUGCCAUGCGGCCAUCUCAACUGGGACCCGUAAAGAGGAAAUUCGAGCUGGACGAUAAUCCCAUGCAGGGCAGUAACUGGAGCGUGUACUCUCCUCCGCCAUUGAAGAAAAUCUUCACGGAAAGUCGCGGCUCCUCGCCGGUGUGCCAAUCGCCCUCGUCGGUGUGUCCCAGUCCUGAUUCCGGAACCUUUGAUGGCCGGAUUACGCCCAAGUUGUUCAUCUCGAAACUGUGCACCAACAAUACGAUGAGUGGAGGUGGCUUAAAUAACAAUAGUAGCAGCUCGGGCUGUCCGUCUCCCGUCUCCGCUUCGCCCGGUGGAGUGGGAAGUGGGCCAAAUCUAGAGGCUGCCAUGUGCCUCGUUUCGGGCGGAAGCCAGAGCCAAAGUAUCGACGAGGGCAUCUCGAUACCUGAGUCGGAGACACACAGCUCUUGCCGCAGUCGCACCUCCUCCAUACUGUCCACUGCAUCGUCCAGCACUCAGGUGCUGGUCAACGAUCUGGUGGACGAUGCCACUCUAAUGGACGAUGCCAAAAGCGAGACUUCCUCGAUCGGUGGGUGCUCCACCAUUAGCAUAGAGUCAUCCUCCUGCGACAGUGGUGCCAAAACAGCUGCCACCUUCCUUAACCGCCUCGUGGUGGAUUCGGAUGGCGGUGGUUCCCCUCUGGCCCAGAAGAGCUUUUAUAUCAACAAGCAGGGAUUGUCCGGCGCCAAGAAGUUUGUCGUUAACCACGAAAGAACCGGCGCCGCCAGCAAAGAUGUGCCGCAAAAGCUUUAAGAGGAGCGUGUGGAAUCACACUCAGAUUAGCUUAGCUUAGGGGUCGAUUUUAGGGAUGCUAAAUGCUAAAUUAAAUAAUCUCAGGCGCCAAAAAUUAUUCUUUGGUUAAUUUUAAGUCAUUUGCUUUGAAUUUCUUUCAGAAUUUUAUAAAGAAAAAGCCAGGUUUAUCUUGUCUUCCCAGAAACUUCUUAAAAACAUCUUUUUAAUUUGCUCAUUUUAACCCAUAAGUAAUAUAAACUGUAAAUGUCUAACCCUAAAGGGUACUUAACUUGCUUUUUAUAAAUUAAUUAAAGAAACAUUUUAAAUUUCAACUUCUAUUUACAUUCAAAGCAAAUUUCCAUUAAAAGACCAAAGAUAAACUAGAGGUACUUUGAAGUUUGUAACAGAGAUCAGAAAUCGACCCAAAUAAUAACCAAUAACACGCUUUAGUCAAGGGGUUUAGAAGCGAUCCCCUGACUUGCUAAAUACUAGAUCGUAGCUUUGUUGUACAUAGUUAAGUUGUUUGUCUGAAGUUCGAAACCAUCUUGCAUAUCAUUUAUCGCAAAACACACUCGCACACCCUUUCAUAACUAGCAAACAUUCGUUUUUAAUAUGUUAGAAUAAGAUCUUUAUAUAUAUAUAUAUAGCCAGAGUUAUUUUGCCCCAUCUUUGUGUUAUAGUAGUGUUCUUCAUUUCCAAUGUUUAAAUUUAACACUCGUUUUUUUUUAGUUAAGUUAAAAAGUUUAUUUAACUAGCGUUACUGUAGUAUCGUUAGUAGUCGCCACCUCACCCUAGAAUUAAGCUACCAAAACCCCAAUUUUGCCAAAUAUGUUUCCUCUAUGCUUAAAUGUAAACCAGCAUUAUAUUGCCUAUAAUGUGAUCCAAUUAAUCGCGGAUAUCUGCGCGUAUCCCUAGAAACAAACUGAUCGAUAUAUAUAUAUAUAUACGCAUAUUAUAUAGGUUACCAUUCGAUUCUAAUUAUGGUAAGCGAAUUUACGUAGUUUCAGGAAUGAGUUAUACUUAGAAAGGAUCCAAAACAAAAGAAAUGCCUAUUAAAAGAUUUUUCAAUAGA